CAGUGGAGAGCCUCAUCCUCCUCUCUCGUUCAUUGGUGACACGAGACGCCCAUCACGCGGAGCCAGCUCCGGGGCAUUCCCUAUCCCCGUGCUCUGCCGGAAAUGGCCGUCUUUUCCCUUUCCUUCAUUGGACUGAGCCGCUGUCAGUCGGUUUCCCUCACGUUCAACGCCGUCCGCCUCUCUGGCACUCUGUCUGCUGAGACCGCCGUCAUAUUGGCUGCUAGAAGCAGCAGCGACCACGGCAGAAAAGAAGACCCCCACCAUGAUAAAGAACGGGUUUUCGCGGCACCCAAAUAAUAAUUUAGCCUUUUAAACCAUUUUGAUUUGUAUUUAUAUAAUUAAUUUUAAGAUAUUCGGGAUGAUACCAUCAAGUAUCCGCGUACCUUUAGUGCUUUCAUCCGACACCGUGGUCCGCAAGGGGGAUGUAUGCCUGACUUCUCUUAAUAGCCAUUUUUUGCAGACAAAGAGAGCUGUUGAAUAGGGCUUUCAAAAGGCACAAGGGUCCCAGGGGCUCCUAUUGAUGAAGAAAGUGGGCAACAUGUGGAGCAACCUGAAGAGCAAAUGCCAGACACUCUUUCAGAACAACAGUUCAGGACCCAGUGAAAGCAGGGUUGAAGCCGAUGCCGUCCACUGUGUGGUGGAUCUGGGCCAAGGAUGCAGCUCAGGUGAGGCUCAGGCAUCAGGAGCCUCCAGCCCAUCACGGAGCCUCCUGCCAGUGCCAAUGGUAACAAUAGGACGCCGCCAUCAUAAUUGUGUGUCAGACAUCCCUCAGAUAGUAGAGAUUACAAUUGACAAGGACACUGAGGAUGUGCGGGGGGGAUCAGGGGAUGCUCCGAUGGCCCGGAGAGACUCCUAUUCCCGUCAUGCUCCAUGGGGGGGCAAGAAAAAACACUCAUGUUCCACCAAAACCCAGAGCUCUCUGGAGGCAGAUAGGCGGUCUGGGCGCCUACGGGGGAGUGGAAACCGUAGGGACAGGCGUUAUGGAGUCAGCUCCAUCCAGGAGAUGAGUGACUCUGUAUCCGGAGGACGAGGUCUGAGUGCUCGCUCUAUACGCCAGCGGCUCAGUGAUACAGUAGGGCUGUGCUUACCCCUGCCCGCUCGCAGACGCUCCCGUUCAACGAAGAACCCUGUCACCUCCAAACGUAAGAUUCACCUGACAGAGCUCAUGCUGGAGACCUGCCCCUUCCCACCAGGCUCAGACCUUGCUCACAAGUGGCACUUGAUCAAGCAACACACAGCACCGGUCAGCCCGCAUUCCUCCACUGCCCUGCUGGAUGCCUUUGACCCGGCCCACCCCUCUCCUGAGGAUGAGGAGGAACGCCUGCGUGAGCGCCGGAGACUUAGCAUCGAGGAAGGUGUGGACCCACCACCUAAUGCACAGAUCCAUACCCUGGAGGCCUCAGUGCCGGGCUCCUCUCUCUACAAACUGGGACCAAAGAUAGCUCCUUGCAUUGGAGAGGCCUCUGGGGAAGGCAGGGCCUCAGUGGCUAGCAGCUCUGUGAGUGCUGGAUCAUCAGGGGCCUGUGGGCAGGUGUUGGGGGCUGCAGCAUCAGCCCAGGACUGUGACUCUGAGGAGGAUUCGACCACCCUCUGUCUUCAGGCCAGGAGGCCCAAGCAGAGGCACGCCUCUGGGGACGGUCACCUGAGCCGGCAGCAACCGGGGCCCUGGAAGGUUCACACUCAGAUAGACUAUAUCCACUGCCUGGUGCCAGACCUAAUGCAGAUCACAGCUCUGCCCUGCUACUGGGGCGUGAUGGACCGCUACGAGGCGGAGGCGCUGCUGGAUGGACGGCCAGAGGGCACCUUCCUGCUGCGUGACUCAGCCCAGGAGGACUACCUCUUCUCCGUUAGCUUCCGCCGUUACAACCGUUCACUGCACGCCCGUAUUGAGCAGUGGAACCACAACUUCAGCUUUGACGCUCAUGACCCUUGUGUUUUCCACUCUUCCACCGUCACAGGACUGCUGGAGCACUACAAGGAUCCCAGCGCCUGCAUGUUUUUUGAACCGCUGCUUACAGCGCCUCUCCAUCGGACCUUUCCCUUUGGCCUGCAGCACCUGGCACGAGCCGCCAUCUGCCGCUGGACCACUUAUGAUGGUAUAGGCUCUCUGCCGCUGCCCCCUGCCCUGCAGGACUUCCUCAAGGAGUAUCACUAUAAACAGAAAGUACGAGUUCGCUGGCUGGAGAGGGAACCGCCACUCAAGGUCAAAUAGGGUGGGCUUCUCCAUUGCCUGUACACACACUGCAGGAGGAUUACAGAACUUAAGAAAUUCCUCAUUAGCCAAUUAGAGGCUAUACUGACAUGGCACUCUUUCUGGUGAGGGAUGGAAUUUAAAUGUAACAAGCUAUACAAGAUUCAUUCUAAUCUUUGUUUUAGUUAUUACUUACAUCACAGAAAAUACAUAUGAUUAUAUUCAGUAUAACGCUGUCUGGCAAGCACAUGUUUUUGUGUUGAACAGGUUGUUUUAACAGGGAGGGAAGGCACAAAUAUCAGUGCUUUGUGUCUUUGCUCUCCUGCUUUGUGCUAAAUGUCUGCCUGAUCCCACAACAUCACCCUGCGUGUAGACCUGCCUGCAUGUCUCCCUUAUUCAUCCCAAAUUGCUAUUUAGGCCCACAUGGCUAGUUUGUAUAGUUCACUUUGUGCUUUCUCUAUUUGUUUUUCUUCCUUAGCUUGUCAAAGCACCUAGUGGAGCACCUUCCCAAGAGGGUUUUAAGGUGUGUGUGUGUGUGUGUGCGUGUGUGUUUGUGUGUGUGGGUUGAGAGGGGGCAUCUGGAGAUGCUAUUGUUUUAUUGCAGUUAGAGCUUGUCCCAUGGAUAGAGCUACAAAAGGCACAUUCUUUGCCUUCACUUUGCACGCAUGAGCAUCAGCUAAGUCAGGGACAGCUUCUAAGAAGGUCCUUAAGUUCAGGACAGCACAUCAGGGAAAUGAAGUGCUUUCUAAGGACUAUAGAUUAGUCCUUAAAAAAACAGUAGUUCCUCCUUCAGCAGUAAUGGUAAAUGAUGAAUCCGUCUACUGUGUCCUAUUUAGUAAGCAAGCUGAACUUGUCAACUUUAUUCCCACUGUGCGGCAUUGCUUUCAAAACAGAAUAUGUUCUUCCAUCUUUCCCUGCUAACAAUUCUUGCCAUUGUUACAGUUGUCACAGCAGUCUGUAUGUUCUUCAUUGGCCAUGGACGCUUCAGCUCCUUCAGUUAGUAUGUUUUGGUGGCAUCUGGCAUACAGAAAGCUUCGACCCUGUGUAUCCCAGUUGGUUAUUUUUCUUCACCAGACACUUGUAACAUUGUUGCAGAUAGCUUUGAACUUUUCUUACAGUAAGGAAUGCUAACACGUCUUCUCAGGAGUUGAGGGCAUGUGUGAUGAGCUGGAAGUGAAGACAAAAGAUGAAAAUUCAUAAUGCCAGUGUCUCUUUAAACAUGACUGAAUCGAUCUGCUCAGGCUUGUUUGGGAAUGGGGCUGUUUCAUGGAAGGACCCCAUAUAGUCAAAGAUCAUAAAUUGGGGAGGACAGCUGACCUCAUGAACCUUCAAAGACUUAACAAGAAUCAGCUUGUUAAAAUUGUAAACUCCCACAAUUUAAAUUGCAGUACCAUUUUCAUCCUUUAAUUUAUAUUUCUUUUAAGAAACCAUGUUAACAUAUGUUGAGCUGUUUUUAUAAAGAGCACUGCGUCACCAACAGGAAAGGGGUGAUGUAGCCUUUUCUUUGGAGUUGAUGUCCCUCACUUUACAACUUAUAAAUAUAUAAGGUGUCGACCCCAACAAAUCCCUUCAUUGCCCAGUUGCAUUUAUAGUCAUAGUUAUAGCACAGUGCAGGCAACACUCAACUCUCGAGAGGUUGGCAUAACAUUGAGCGCUUUAGUUGCGUAAUUUGAAAGAUUUUAGUUGUUACUUGGGACAAAAACACUGCUGCUGGCGAGCCGGUCAUUUGUUAUGUUCUCAUCAUGAAGAGAAAAUAAGUGUAACCUAUGUGCCUUUCAGAGAACCCUUUAUCUUAUUCCAUAAUCAGUUGCUUUGUAGUCUAAACCUGCAACAGGAGGUGCUUCAACACAGUCCACUCAGAUGCCAUCAAUUAAGACUAGAACAAUAAUAAAGAGGUGCAUGAGCUGUAAGCUCACUGAUUUAUGGUGCACGUUAAUUUUUUUCUAACUGAUUACAUUUCAGUGGUGCUAUGUUGGUUAAGCUAUGACAGAAAUGACAUUAGUUACAUCUGUUUUCACUCACUAAUGCAUACAUUAGUCUAUCGCCACAUUAUGGCCUGUAUGGUAGUAUUAGGUUGUCUGUGGGUCCAAUGUAGCAUAUUUCAGUGCAAGAUAUCAAUGUCCAGCCCUCACCUGUGUAGGUUGUAGUCUGCAACUGGACAUACAGAUCUGAAUGAGAGGGUAUGAAGGCAAAAUCUUUACCGUGGGAAAUUUUGAUCCAACCUCUGAUAAAAUUGUGCAAGUUAGCCAUCAGCAACUACGUAUAAACUAAUACAUCAGCAACAGUGUUUGUCCUUACUCUUAGUAGUAGUAAUAAUAAUAAUAAUAAUAAUAAUAAUAAUACACAUUGCCUGGCUUUUUAAAAAGUGUGCACAUGACUUUGGGAGGAUGACAUGGGUGGAGACAAGCAGUGCGGUUCCCUUACGGCACGUUUUUUAAGAAACAUAAUUAACAGAAAAACCAGCAGGUAAUGUGUAUAAACUAAAAUAUUAAAGCUGAAACACACAUGAAAUCAUGAUCACUGGAAAGCUUGAACUUAAGCUUAAGUUCUCAAACUAGUUCAUAUUUUAGUGUGUAUGCAUCAGCCUGCUCAUAUGAUUAAGGUUAUUGUAGUUCUCUCAGUGAGGAUACAUCAUGAACAAAUGUCGGUGUGUUUUUUUGCCCAUAAAUAUCUGAGCCUGUGACCAAAGCUCUUGCACACAGCUAUUUGUAAUAACUAGUAGUAGUAAUAUUGUUCUCAAUUGUGUUUAGAAUUACGCUGAAAUGUAUUUAAGAUUGGAAAAACCAGUGAAAGCUAGUUUCAUACUACAGUAUGUUAGACGGCUCUUUGUUAAUAUAUAUUCAGAACCUGGCCCUGUCAAGCUCGCACCUACACACUGAAAUUCAAUGCCGAAAACCUUCUCUCUGCCAAACCAUUAUUGUAUUUUCACUUGUUUAUCAGGCAGGAAACGAGACACUUUUUAUGCAGGUGGUAAAAGAUAAUUGGUGACAGUAAAAGGGUUAUCAUUUCUCAUAUCUCCCUAACCAGUUUUUAUGUUCUCUCCUGCAUUGUGAAUUGACUGAAUUCACCGAACAUUUCUUCACAUAAAAGUCCCAAACAUUUUCCACUGCCCUGCACUCAGAAAGCUUGAAUAUCGCAUGUGGUCACCUAUAUGUGUUAAGAGUGGCAGGAGUGAGUGUUGAGCGGAGGGGAAUAAGGUUGACAUAUGAGUGGCUUGCAUGUGCACUUUCAGGAUUUUUAGUAUCCACACUGUCAAAUAGAAGAAAUGUAUCUCUAUUUGAAAACCCAUACACAUACAAUCUUGCUCACUGUCACCUGUCUAUAAUGCUACUGCAUAGCAAUAACAUGCAACUCUUUACAGUGCCCCACCCCACUUGCAGGCACUAAUCACAUGCUAAUUUUACCAUGUUGGGAUAUAGAUUUACUGGGUACUAAAAGGGCCACUCUGUGUUGCCUUAUGGCUGCUGUGUGGCUGAGAGAGAGGCCUUUUUUUUAUUAUUCUAUCCAACUGUUCUCUCUCCAUCUGGCCACAUCCCUAACAUCACUGUGCUGAUGUGGAGGUGACUGGUGUAGAGUGAACUAAGGCCCAUUUGUCCUGCCCUCUACUCUCUGUCCAACCCUAUUGGGGCAAUGUUAACAUUAAGGAGCCAGGAGGAGGAGAGAUAGAACUGGCGCGCUGAGAGCCGUGACUUCCUAUUGUGGCAACUGCUUGCUCACAUGCAGGGCUAGGGAUUCGCUGAAAUAAAUAGCACUUUAAUUGUGUAUUUAUGUUCUACAGUGCCGUCUGCAAGUAUGAGGACAGUGACAUGUUUUUCGUCUAUUGGUUCUUUACUCCAGCAUAUUGGAUUUGAAACGACAGUUGGGCUUAGUGACAACUUGAGGUGUUAAUUUGCAUCCAUAUUGGGUGAACAAGCUUUUUUGUACAAAGGCUCUCUCUUUUAGGAACUUAACAAACUUAUGUCAUCAUAUUUAGUAUUUGGACACUUUGUCUAUGAUGGUGUUCUGCAAGAUAGGGCUGAACAAUUUUGAAAAAAUAUAGAUAAAGAUUUGUAGGCCAGGACAUCUCAAUACUGAAUUCAAAAUGUAUUUUGACACAUAUUUUGCCUUUUUUAACAAAUAUUGCGCCCCCUGCGAUUUGGAUAUUGCAAUGGCCCAUAUUGACAUUUAGAUAAAAUUCCAAUUCAUUGUUCAGCCCUACUGUGAGGCCUUUAUUUGUUUUGCUUGCUUGUUUUGCAAAAAAACUUAUUUUACCAGUCUGGUCUUAAGCAAGUAAAAAAAUCCUCCAGUUGACUUAAGUCAGGUGACUUGGCCGGUCAAGGACACUGGGUUUUGGCCCUCAUUGGUCGUCUUGUGUGUAUGUUAAGGAUCAUUGUUUGACACUACUUGGAGGACUCUAAACAUCCAAUAUAGAUUUGAAAACACUAAAAGCUAAGAGUUGGCACUUUAACUUUUUUUUAUAGUCGUUUCUUUACCAAUAUGCUGCAAAAACUGAAAAUGUCCUACUGUCCAAGUCUUUAUGGACAGCACUGUCUGUGUUUUAGCUCAAAAUGGCGAGACUUGUGCGAGUGUUGGGAAAAGACGGCGGUCCUGAAAUAUUUCACUUUAUAUUCAGGCAUUGUAGGCUGUGUCGAUGGAGUUGUUUUCUCCACCAUGCUGCAGACUCGGUGCCUACGUGUGUGUUGUGUGGGAGUAUAUUAGUGUAUGGACAGAGCCACACAGAGGGUUCCAGUGGAGGGGAUGCAGUCUACUGUGAGGGGUGAUGACAGUGACUCCUAUGAACAAUGCCUCUCUGCCCCCCGUCCCACCCCCCUCUUUAUUCUCAGGCAGGCCCAUUGCAAGGAGAGUCCCAGGACCCUCUCAACCCAGUUUUCCCCAUGGGAAAUAUCUGACAUUAACCGUAGCACAUGUUUGCCAUAUAAUCCGUAGAUUUAGGAGAGAAAAAAAAAACGUAUGAAUGAUGGAGUUAUGUAAUAGGAGCCUGGUUGAAAAGACGUUUUAUUCUUCUGUGGUGCAUUAACUGUCUGGAACACAUAACAUUUGCACACACUUGCUAUCACACUUCUUCUGACACCUGCACUACCCCAGGUAUUGACACACAUCCACACCCUCCCACCACCCCAACCCUAAGCCAGGGAUGUGUAAACAUGGACCACAUUUAGCCAGCACCACCUUUCUGUGUUACUCCCCCCAAAAAAGGGAGAGCAAAGAUUGGUGUUUACGUGUAUAUUCUAUGUUCUUAAGAAAAAACAAAAUGCCGUGAAUUGAACUAUUUUGACCUUUAUAUUGUCAUUUAGUAUGACACCAUUUAGCUGCACUAUGAGAGCCUCGUUUGUGGCGAGAAACCACUGGGUCUGGUCCGGAUGAGAGACGGGCUGGUUGGGCCGCUAGCUGUCCCACUAAACUACAGCAACAACCCUGCAUGAAGGACUCCUACCCCCCACCUCGGUACGACUCAUGGUUUCAGCUCUUAGAGGACAAAAAAAUAUUUUUAACAUUUUCUUUCAUGUUCCCAUAUAUAUUUUAGAAAGCUGGGUUAAGUGCUAUAUGCAAACAGAAAAAGAUGUAUGAAAGAAUUAUUAUUUUUCAUUAUUACUUCUCCCUAAUAUGCAAUGGAGUGUAGUGUAACAAUGGUUGCAAUCCUCUGUCACUUUAAUGCUGUAUGUGCACAUUGGUUGCUGUGUGGAUGUGGGUGCCGAGGCAACAGGACUUGACAAUGAUGGGAACUAAUGGUUGUCACUCUGCAGCACCGCUGUGUUCCCAGACUGCCUUAUUCGUUCUGACCAAUCACAAGAGCCCUUUUUAAGUGCCGGGCCGCAGCCACUGCCACAGGCUGACCAAGCUGUCGUCAGACGAAUAUCGCUGUUCCAUUUUCUUCUGCUUUUCCUCGCUUUUUUUCUUUUCUUUACUUUAUUUUUCUUUCUUCUGCUGUCAGGUAGGAUUUGGAGCGUGUAAAUGGCAUAAUCAUGUUCACAUUUCGCUGUCUGUUCUGUGUAUCUGCUUCACCAUUCAAAGAGAGAAAAAACAGUUGUUUUCCAGUAUAACCUGUUCAUUUUUAAGAGCCGUAUGAUGCGACACUUGUAGCUGUCACUCUUGGUGCUUGGCUUACGCUUCAUUGUCUUAAUAUUCCAAAUAAAACUGUUAAGUGUAAUCCACACUGGCCCAUGAUAUAAUA